CUCCUGGUCCUACUGGAAGGCCCGGACUGCCGGGAAACAAAGGUGCUCUUGGGAUGCCUGGACGUGUGGGAGUCAAGGGCCAAACAGGCGAGAAGGGCUCCCCGGGAGAUGCUGGGUUGUCCAUCAUUGGUCCGAGAGGCCCCCCUGGCCAGCCAGGCACUCGCGGUUUUCCGGGAUUCCCGGGCCCCAUUGGGUUAGACGGCAAACCGGGCCACCCAGGACCCAAAGGGGAGACGGGUCUGAUGGGCCCCCGAGGACAGCCGGGACCCCAAGGACAAAAGGGAGAAAAGGGCCAGUGUGGAGAGCACCCGCACCGGCUGCUGCCUCUCCUCAAUUCAGUGCGGCUGGCUCCACCCCCUGUCAUAAAAAGGCGGACCUUCCAGGGUGAGCAGGGCCAGGCCGGCAUCCAAGGCCCCCCAGGCCCCCCAGGCCCUCCUGGACCGAUUGGACCUCUGGGGCACCCAGGACUGCCAGGGCCCAUGGGGCCACCCGGCUUACCUGGGCCUCCUGGAACUAAGGGAGAUCCUGGAAUCCAGGGCUACCAUGGCCGGAAGGGAGAGCGGGGCAUGCCGGGGAUGCCGGGCAAGCAUGGAGCCAAGGGGGCGCCCGGGAUCGCCGUGGCUGGAAUGAAGGGUGAGCUGGGGGCCCCAGGAGCCAAGGGUGACAAGGGAGCUGUGGGCCCCCCUGGGCUACCUGGCCUCCUGGGACAGAAGGGAGAGAAAGGCAGUGCUGGCAACGCCAUUGGAGGAGGCCGAGGGGAGCCUGGCCCUCCGGGGCUCCCUGGGCCCCCAGGGCCAAAGGGAGAAGCUGGCGUUGAUGGGCAGGCUGGCCCCCCAGGAUGGCAAGGAGACAAGGGGGAGCCUGGAGCGGUUGGAGAACAGGGACCCACUGGCCCCAAGGGCUCCAAGGGAGAGCCAGGGAAAGGGGAGAUGGUGGACUACAAUGGAAACAUCAGCGAUGCCCUCCAGGAAAUCCGGACACUGGCCUUGAUGGGCCCCCCUGGUCUUCCCGGGCAAAUCGGCCCACCUGGAGCUCCAGGGACCCCAGGCCAGAAGGGGGAGAUUGGACUGCCAGGCCCUCCAGGACAUGACGGAGAAAAGGGACCUCGAGGCAAGCCAGGGGACCUGGGCCCCGCUGGUCCAGAAGGACCCCCAGGAAAGGAUGGGCCUCCAGGGAUGAAGGGAGAAGAUGGCCGGAUGGGGAGCCCGGGGGAGAAGGGGGAGAGAGGAGAGACAGGACAAGCAGGCUCCCCGGGAGAGAAAGGAGUGCCCGGGGAGAAGGGUGACCCAGGUGUGGAGGUGCCUGGGCCACCAGGGCUAGAGGGGCCUCCUGGACCUCCUGGUCUCCAAGGUGUUCCUGGACCAAAGGGGGAGGCAGGACUAGAUGGAGCGAGGGGAGAGAAGGGUGCCGCGGGGGAAAAAGGAGACCGAGGACCUCUGGGAUUGCCCGGAACUCCGGGACCAAUUGGAGUUCCAGGCCCUGCAGGACCAAAGGGCGAGAGGGGCAGCAAAGGUGACCCUGGCAUGACAGGACCAACAGGAGCAGCUGGGCUUCCUGGUUUACACGGACCACCUGGGGACAAAGGGAACCGGGGGGAGAGGGGGAAGAAAGGCUCUAGAGGGCCUAAAGGGGAUAAGGGAGACCAAGGAGCGCCUGGAUUAGAUGCCCCCUGCCCGUUGGGUGAAGACGGCCUACCAGUCCAGGGCUGCUGGAACAAGGGUCAGGGUCCUUGGUUAGUCGCCAAGAAGUGAAGCCAAUCAGCCAAGCAAGAACCUUGGGACAGCACCAGGCUUUGGAUGAGGGCGACCAUGGAGCUGCCUCUGGACCAGGGCCGCUGGCAGGACCCUUCCUGGGGGCUUUGAGUGGGGGAGAUCAGCAUGUGAGCCCAGCAGUGGGCUCUCCUUUCCUGUCCUCCUCUCCAAGGCCUACAGCACAGCUACGUAGGUCAACCCCUUCCCAGAAGCCUCUCCGCCAGCUCUGGGGGAGGAGAGGUCUACUGCUUCUCUACAGCCAGCACCCUCAGCUGGCCUGCCAUGUCGAGGGCUUCUCGAAUUUACGGAGCAUGAUGGUUCUUCACACGACCUCGCUGCGGAAGGCAAUGCGCACUGCCCUGCUUUCCUCUGGGAAAACCUCUCCAGGCAGGAGUGGUCGGUGUGGAGGCUCACCUGUCCCAGCUCCUUUGCAACAGAUUUUCUGCAGUACCUUUGGGGCGGCCACCGUCGGCCUGUAUAUGCCUAGGUUCUCCCAAGGUCAUGAGCUGGCUGGUGUGUCAAGCUGAAGAGAGGAAAGAAGAGAAGGCCCACAAGCAAGACUGGGCAGUAUAUUUGGUAUAUUUGGACCCCGGGCGCCACGAUCCUCACGCGUCCAGCGGGUACCCUGGGAUGUCCCAGUCAGUAUGGGACUGGCGACAGAUGAGAGAGAAGCAGUCAUCUAGAUAUUUUCCGGAGGGCCUGAAAUAAGCCCCCUUCCUUGAGCAGAUGCGAUGAAGGGAUGGAGCUGGAAAUCAGCACCCCCCUGCCUUGUUUGCCCUUUGAAAUAAGACGCAAACCACCCUCUGUUCUCCUUCACGACCACGGAGCUACCUUACUGCUUUGAGGAAGAGUUGUUCAGUUAGGACAAUUUGAAAAGGAAAUAGGGCACUGAGAAAACAGGUGUAUGUAUACCUAGCACACAGGGAUGUGGGGUCCAGACUAACCUUGACCCAGGACACCAGGUGACCCCAGCCCUCCCAGGUCAAGUUUCAGCGACAACUCCGCAAACACCUCCUGAUAUCUUGGAGCCGUGGCCAUUCACUGAUGGC